GCGCGUCUUGGCCGGGGGAGGCCUCAACCCUCAACACGUUGUUAGGAUCAGGCGGUCUUGCGUACCUUGAUGCUGUUAUUUUGAUGCAUCUAUUUUCGGUAAGUGUACUGCAUGUACUCCGCAUGUAUGUGCACUCGUUGACAAACCUGAUCCGAUCCAGAUCAGGGCCCAAUUGUCUUUCUAGAGGAGUCACUGGAGAAGGACAACAAGUAAGCCAAAUGGCCGAAUAAAUGAGUACUCAGAGCUGCCGCGGUAGCUCACGGUAGGGCAGAGAUGCCACGCUUUCGAUGUCAUGCCGAUUCCUGAAUGGCGCCCGUAGCGGAAUCGUAGUCUCGGACUGACUUGGAAACUUCGACAGCACCCGCAGGUGUAUGGAUGGUCUUGCCCGCAACCCCUACUUCGGAAUCUUGACCAGGCAGCCGAGCGCUGCAACCAACGGCCCCGUCAAGUUCCUCUUUGGCCGUCAUGCGUCUGAAUCUGUUAUUGGGCAUCGCCGCAAUGAGAGCACAUAUCCUGGCGCUCAUUUCGUGGAAUGUUGUGAUGAGUUCUGACAGGAAGACGAGGUAAGGCCUAAUUGGAGAUUCGUGGUGCGGACCCGACAGUACGGUGCCCCCGCCGCCCGUAUAAGGGACGGGAAAGGCCGUCCGGCAUUUCAAAUUUCAGCAGAUCAUGACACCAACUCAGCCCCUUUAGGUAACUACUCAAUUGUAAUCAUAGUUAUAACUUAGCGAGUCAUGAUCAAAAUUUCUCGAA